GGGCAGAAACGAAUGAAGAGAAGUAAACCACGUGUUGCCUGUUCGUGUCUACGCUGCAAAACGAGACGUGUCGGCGGGCGCCCCGUUACGCGGACAGGCAGGAAGGCGGGCGCGGGGCGCGGGCUCGCCCGGCGCUCCCACCGGCACCGACGGGACGAGGCGCCGAGCGAGGCCCGUGACUCAGCGGCUGGGCUGGGUGGUGUCCCGCCGGUGUUGGGCACAGAUAAGCCCCCCGCAUCCCCCCCUCCCCCGCCGCAUCCUCUCUUUAUUCCGGGCUUUUUGUUUGCGUUUGUCGCGGCGCACAAAACAAACGCUCCUCCGGGGGCUGCAGCGGCGGGAGCGAGUGUGCGGGGCGGAGCGGUGAUGACAGAGGAGAGGUGUCCCAAAAUGGAGCAGUAUGUUGGUGAAAUUAAAGGUGGCCUGAGACCCUCCAUGAAACUCACAGUCAUAGGGGUGGUACAUUCCAACCCCAAGAGCUUUUCAGUGACUCUGCUCUGUGAUCCAGUGGAUGCAAACAAAGAUGUUGGGCUGUUAUUUACAGUUAACUUUAGUGACAAGUCCAUCACACGAAAUGCACGAAUUGCUGGGAAAUGGGGAAGAGAAGAGAAAACUAUUCCCUACUUCCCGUUUAUGGCAGGUGACACAUUUAAGAUGGAGCUCUUAUGCGAACACCAGCAAAUACGGGUCUUGCUUGACGGACGGCAGCUCUGUGACUUCACCCACCGCAUUCAGCCCCUGAACUUGGUGAAAGCUUUGCAGAUCACAGGGGACAUCAAGCUUACCAAAGUAGCUUGAAAAAAAGGAGACCACAAAAUCACCAGAGGACAGAGGCAAAUGUACUUUCUCUCCUGUCUGAGAAAUGCUUUAUCUUUUUCCCCUGGAUGAUUCUGGAGAGUGGCAACUGUACAUUUUUCACUUUUCUGAUGUGUUUGAAACAUACACUUAUUUUCUUACACACACUCAACAAUUGCAGAGCUAUGGCUGGUCCCCAUAAAUCCAAAGGCCUUUGCUGAGAUAUUCUCUUGGCUUCCCAAACUGCGAGAUUUAUGAUGCUAUGCAGUAUUUCACAUCCUCAUGGUCCCCUAGCCCCUAGGCAUGUCAGCUGGUGGAGGUCAGUCCUCUGUGGUGGGGUGGCUGUUACCCUUGUGACAAGAACUGGGCAGUAUCCCAGUGGCAGGGCUGAGAAAAGAGAAGCAGAAGAUUUCAUUUUAAGUGAAUAAGGGAGUCUGGUGGGCCCCAGCAAGGCUUAAGUUAUCAGGAGGGAAUUGCUUUUCCUGGAAGCUCUGCUCAGCCAGCAAAGAGCCAUUUGUGCAAUAAGUGCCUUACCACCAUCCCUGUCUCUUGCAGGUAGCAUUCCCUUGAGUUGAAAGGGUUCAGCAGCUGUGGAUUUCACAGUCUCCUCUGGACCAGCCUUAGAAAUUGUAUCUGUAGCUGAAACAGCAUUGCCCGUUCUUGUUUCUAAUUAAAACUCCAACUUUGCUGGCAAACUUUUUUACCAGCUCUGUUAAGUAUUUGAAUGCACGUGAGUGUUGUGCUGUUAUUUCAUUGUAGAUUUAGAAAAAAGUCCUAAAUACAUGGCUGUUCUAAUACAUAUAUAAGCAUUUAUCAUAGCUGCUGCCUUUGGCUCUGUUAUGAUUGCUUGCUUAUAACACAGGAUGAAGGGGAAAGUCUUCAGACAAAGAGACUUUCUUUUUCAGUACUUAACUUGGAGAACAAAACAUCUGCAAAGAGGUGGUUCCAUGGAUAGAGGGCUAUGAAAUUCCUGUGUGACUUCAGGGAGGAUAUAUAGCAUGCUGUGUUCAGAGGGCUUCUGGAGGUGCUGCAGAGUCUGGCUGUCAGAUACAAGAACUCAGAUAACACAAUUUUAUGAAAAUAGCACAUCACAGCAGGCUGGUUGGGUGUUGUAAUCCUCUCAUACAUUACAUUCUACCCUAUGGUAUUGUGGAGAAUGUCUCUGUUUCUUUAUAAAUCUAAAUUCAUUGUGUAUGAAACCAUUAUUUUUAUGUACUCUAGCUGCCCUCUGAGAAAAAUCAUGUAUAAAGAGCAGAGGAGAUUCAAAUGCAUGGAACUUUUUUAAUCUUUAAUGAUAUCAAAGUCAAGUUUACUAGACAAAAAAUGGAAACAUGUAUGGCUU